GAUCGGAGAAAAUUGAAGAUUCAUCGGAUUCCCUCCCGCCGGACUAGUAAGAAGGGAGGAGAGAGAAACUGGGGAGAAAAGAAUGGCGUCGUGGAACUCGACUCCGCUGGAAAUCACGUACGAAGUGCUGGGAUGGAUGGCGUUCGUGAGUUGGUCCAUCAGCUUCUACCCGCAAGUCAUCUUGAAUUUCCGCCGGAAAAGUGUUGUGGGGCUGAACUUCGAUUUCGUGGUGUUGAAUUUGACGAAGCACUCCUCCUAUCUCAUCUACAACGCCAGUCUCUACUUCAGCUCCGCCGUACAAAAGCAGUACUUCAAAAAGUACGGCGAGAAACAGAUGAUACCUGUUGCAGCAAAUGACGUCGCUUUCUCUUGUCAUGCUGUUUUACUGACGGCAGUUACCCUGUACCAAAUUGCAAUCUAUGAACGCGGAAAUCAGAAGGUCUCCAAGAUUUCCAUUGGAAUUGUUGCUGUCGUGUGGUUAGCUGCUGCAGUCUGUGUUUUCAUAGCUUUGCCAAGGCAUUCCUGGCUUUGGUUGAUUUCCGUUUUCAACUCAAUUCAAGUUUCUAUGACAUGCAUCAAAUAUAUUCCCCAGGCGGUCAUGAACUUCCUUCGAAAGAGCACAGAUGGAUUCAGCAUUGGCAACAUUUUGCUUGACUUCUCCGGAGGGGCAGCUAGUUAUGCGCAAAUGGCCAUGCAGUCUAUAGAUCAACAUUCUUGGGUGAACUUCUAUGGAAAUAUCGGAAAGACACUGCUGUCUCUGAUAUCUAUCUUCUUCGACCUUCUGUUCAUGUGUCAACAUUUCAUGCUGUAUCGUGGCAAGAAUGGUGAAGAACUUGUCAAGACUUCCGAUGAACCAGUUUCGGAAAAUGUAUAA